AUGUCUUCUAGACGCCCACCUUCCUCGAGACAGGCCGCUUUACCCACCAAAUACGCCGAUCACAUCCUUCAGCCGCACGGCCGUGCGCUCUCCUCUGCCAAGAAGGUAUGGACUGAGGCAUUUCGCCUGACAAGGGAACUAGUGGGGCUGUACAGAGAGAAACACCCCACUGGCCAAUCGCACCAGCCGGUGCUCGAUUCGCUCCGUCGCGCAUGCGACCCUCCGCGUGAACCGUCAGACGCCCCAUACGGCAUCAGUUUGGAGACUGCUAUCCGCCGCGGGAAAGGGAAAGCCCCGGCUCGGAAGAAGGCGCUAUCUCCGCUUGCUGUAGCGCCGACUGUCGAGGAAACUCAAGCGGCAGUACCGCAGGUACCUGCAGAGGUGGUCGAACCAACCUGCUCUCUUAAAGCAGAGGAUAGCCAGGCGGACGCUGACGAGUCGGACGAGGGCUCCGAGUUUUUACCGAGCGAAGCGAGCGACUGCGACUCGUGCGACGAGGACAUGGACGGUUACGACGACGAUGAUCAGGUGGCACAGCCCAUCGCCUCGGCUACACACUCUCGUGGCUCGCCAGCUACGCCGCUUGCGCCGGGCGGACGCCCUGCUACACCCUCGCCUUCCCAGAAGUUGUUGGCACGUGGGGUCCCAGGCAGUGCCGUCUCUGGAACACCCGGCAAGGCAGUGAAAGAGAUGCAGGGCUACGACAAUGUGAAGUUGGGCAGUGGCGGAGGGUCGGGCGGAAGUAAGCCGCACCCGCUCGUUCACAAGGACCCGUGGGACGGUGACGAUGAGCAAGUGAGCGGAGUUGCUGCUGGUCCGGCCAUGGGCCGCCAUGGUAAGGAGGGUGCUCACGGUGAUGCCCCCCACAAGCAGGUUGGCGGGAUGCCCGUGACUACGGGCGGGGGGGUUUCAGCUCAGCAACCCACAUGCGGACUGGAAGUGCACUCCAGUGCACCUGGAGACGCGGCGGACUGCGCCGACUUUCAGGCGCAUGUGGCUGGGGAGGCAGGCCAGGGGGCGGCCACACUCAAUCCUGACUUCCCCCCCCCCAAAACCAGCAAGGUGGCGGUCGAGUCAUCUCCUCACACCCCGGUCAACGAUGCAGCGCCGAACGUGGCGGGCGGUGAUAACACCGCUUUGAUGAAGAUGAUGAUGGACGUCCUCGCGAACACGCAGCGCGUGAUGGAGGCGAUGCGAACGUCCAACGAACGAAACGUUGGAUAUGAGCCGGUUACGGGCACGGCGGCGCACUCCAUUCCUCAGAGUCCCCCGUUCACAGCAUCGCAGGCGUCGGACCGCCCGCUCACACCGCGCCAAUUCCCGGCACAACGCGCAACGGCAUCGAACGGCGCGCCUGCCCGCACCAGCUCACCGGCCAACGGCAAUGAUCAGCCACGGCCGGAGACCGCCCCCUACUUAUCGCCGGAUGCGGAGCAUGCGAAGCAGCGAGAGCGCAAGCGCUCUACCACACGCAAGCGCUCUACCACACGCAAGCGCGGAAUGCCGCCUCCGCACAAGUGCAAUGUCAUUUUCGCGGAGGCCCGUGACCGUAUCGCCCGCUAUGCUCCGGCCAGGGAUGUCACGUUCUACCCGACCAAUGCAGAGAAGCAGGAGGAGACGCUAGCAGUGCUGCAGGAGGAGUAUGACGUCACCGAUCUGGAGCUGGCGGACGCUCUGACUCACCUCGACUACAGUGGGCGCAUGAAACGCGCCUGGACGCACUGGAAGAACGAGUCAACCACCGGCUCAAAGCGCAGCACGCUGACGAAGCUGGGCGUUGAUGUGGCGGGGCCUCUCACCGCACAGAUGGAGGUGAAGCCCGAGUGUAAGAAGGCACUGUGGGCUCACUACGCACCAAGAACUUACCUUUCUGGCAUACGUGUGCUUGUCUUCCAUGGCAGAGAAAAGGCUUGGACAGAGAGUCAGCAGCUGGUCGCACGAGGAAGGCGGCUCCGAGCCGUUCAUGAACCUCAUCUUCUUCGACGCGGCGGUCGCAGCCUUCCCGAAGUGGGUGAGGCGCGGCCGCCUAGUUCUAAAGCCAUACCACCUGGCGUGGGUGCUCUUCGCGGUGAGUGUUGUUCCCGAGAUUCCAAGGGCCCCAUGUGUCGGGUAUGGCUCCCACUUGAUGACGUCUCCACGCAACUGUACCAUGUGUGGAUGCAGGUGGACUAUGGCCUGCACAACACUAACUGCGCCAGCAUGGCGCUAUCCAACUCCUAUGCCACGAACGCGUCGUGGAUGAAGAGCCUGCAUGGCCGUGUCUGGGAGGUCGUGGAGGCAGGCCUCCGUGAGGACCACCACCCAUGGUCCGACGAGUACGGCGGCUUUGUGUGGGGUGAGCAUGGGCUGCUGAUCUCCGAGAGCGGCUUCGAGCACCUGAGGGUGCAGACCAACCCUGCUAACAGUGGACUAGAUUAUGCGGGUGGUUUACCCGGGAUUGGGCACUCAGCCCCGUGCCGCAAGGGCGUGGCAGGGGACAUUGGAGCCGUGUAG